AUGGACAGGGUCUUACUGACGGAGACGAACAAGACGGAGAUUCGUGCGCCUUUCCCCAACUACCUCUCGCCCUCUCCGCCGCUGCCUCCACUGCUCUCCGUCGACGGCAUCAUCGGCAGGAUAAGCCCGAGCAUCCUGCUCGUCAUCGUAAUCCUCGGGUUCAUCUUCGUCAUCUCCGGUCUGCUCCACCUCCUGGUCCGCUACCUCAUCAGACGUUCCACCACGGACCAAGAUGAUCAGGACAGCGCCACCGCGCUGCAGGGGCAGCUACAGCAGCUCUUCCACCUCCACGACGCGGGGGUCGAUCAGUCCUUCAUCGACACCCUCCCCGUUUUCCCCUACAAGGACAUCACCGGAGUGAAGGACCCCUUCGACUGCGCCGUUUGCCUCUGCGAGUUCGAGGCCGACGACAAGCUCCGGCUUCUUCCCGAGUGCAGCCACGCCUUCCACAUGGAGUGCAUCGAUACGUGGCUUCUCUCCCACUCCACCUGUCCUCUCUGCCGGACCAGCCUCCUCCCAGACUUCGCCCCCGGCCACAACUGCACGCCCUUCGUCCUCCUGCUCGAGUCCGGCAGCGAGAGCUCCAGGGAGACGGUUGAAGAGGAUCCUGUUGCGCCUUCCGCAGAGGAACCCCCAGGGAAGGCGAGGGAUUUUGGGGAAAAGGGUGCGGAAAGGACGACGGAGCCGCCGCCGCCGCCGCCGCUACCGCCGCCGCCGUCGAGAUUGGUGCCGAUCAAGCUCGGCAAGCUGCGGAGUGUCGACGGCGCCAGCGAAGGAAGCAGCAGCGACAACCGUGUGCUUGACGGAAGACGGUGCUUCUCCAUGGGUUCCUUCGAGUACGUGAUGGACGAGACAUCCCGGAUGCAUGUGACGGUCAAGCAGCCGGCAAGAAAGCCCGGCGUCAAGAAGCCCGGCCACCGUCCCGCCAUAUCCGAGUGCGACUGCAACCCUAGGAGAGAAGGGCUCAAGGGCUUCGAGACGGGGGAAAGCUUUUCAGUCUCGAAGAUCUGGCUCCGGUCGAAGAAGGAGAAGAAGCCGGCGGGGGAGGUCAGCUCCAGACGGGUGUUUUCCUUCCGGCUUCCCCUGCAAAUGGGAGGGGCGGCGGAGCGUGGAAAGGUGAAGUGCGGCAGCAGCCGUAGGACGGCAGCGUCAGAGGUUGACCUCGCCUGCUACGACAAGAGCGGUAGCGACCUGGGUUCCGACCUGGAGGCCGCCGGCUGCGACGGCGAUAACGUCGUUUCACGGGGAGAGGAGACGCCCUCCUUCGCCAGGAGGACCCUGCUGUGGAUCUCCGGGAGGCAUCACAAGGUCGGGAACCAUUCUGAGUCCGGUCGAAUCCCUUCCUCUGGCCCCAUUUUGUUUUCAAAUUUUUCCGGAGACGAAGUCGCAGAAGGAGGAACGAAAUGA